AUGACAAUCAGUAUCGAUGACAUCGUUGACGCUGCUGAUGCGAUGAAGAUACCACUAUGGAUAGCAUUGGUGGGUGUUGCAGGGUAUAGCUACCACACGGUUUACUUUUUCCCUUUAUUAUUGGUGGUUUUGGUGGCUACAUUGGUGCUUAUCCUUUACUAUUAUAAUCUUUGGUAUAAAGUGAGAGGGACAGUAUGGCCAGAUAUUUGCUCAAAGGACGUUGUAUUGGUUACCGGAGGAAGUCAGGGACUUGGGAAACACAUUGUGAAACUACUCUUACGCCAGGGGGCUGAAGUGAUCGUGCUUGACAUCACUCCCCCUUCCACCGACGAAGUGACCUAUAUCGCCUGUGAUUUAGCUCAGCCGGAUCAAGUUAGGGAGGCAUUGAAUGAAAUAACUCCCCAUAAACAAAUCACGGUGCUCAUCAACAACGCUGGCGUUCGUCACAGUGACGGAGUGUUGGCAAUGGCUCCCGAUAAACUCCACCGUAUCUUCCAGAUUAAUGUGUUUUCACCAAUGUUGAUCACCAAGACAGUUGUGGAAAGCUACCACAGGUCUAAAGCAAAGCAACCGCCGCUCAGAGUGUGCUUUAUAUCUUCAGUUUUAGGGAUAUUGGCUCCGCGGAACUUGGGCGUCUAUUCGGCGACGAAAGCCGCCGUCACGCAAAUGUACGAUGCUCUCGUCCAUGAACACCGUGAUGAUACUAACUGGCUUCGUUUUCUCUUGAUGCUUCCGGGACAAAUGGAUACGGCGAUGUUCAGAGAUGUCACUCCGUCAAAGACGUUCUUUGCCCCCGUGGUGGCAGCCAAUAAGCUUGCAAAGACAAUUGUGGCUAAGCUAAACCGGGGUGAAAUUGGCACUGUGUGUGCUCCCGUGUACGGUAGCAUUCUCCCUGUGGUUAAAGUACUUCCUGAAUGCGUUCAACACUGGUGUCGCCAAUUCUCCGAAAUGGACGAUAAAGUCGAGGGUUAA